GCACAAGACGACGGUGACUCUCUUUGCUGCUCGCCUGGCCCACAUUCGCCAGCGCUUAGCAGCAGACUCAAAAGCUGUCAGCAAAUUGGGAGACCUUUUCACUGCGAGAGCAGCAGCAGCAGUGGACCUCGUCAACAACCAGUUCGGUCCGUUUGAGGCGAAGCUGCGGGAGUUGGAGAAGACGGUGGACUCGCUGCUGGCGGAGGGCAGCGGGCCGGUGUCUGUGCUGCUGUCGCGGUACCGGGGGGAGCUGCGUGCUGCUGCUGCUGCUGCGCUGCAGCAGGCGGACGCAGCAGUGGAGGGCGUGCUGCAGCAAGUUGCUGCCAGCAGCCAGCAGGUGGACCUGCUGCUGCAGCUGGCGGAAGAGGGCCGCGCAUGCACUGCAGCAGAACUGUCUCGGUCUCGAGAAGUGCUGGGGGAAAGUCUGCAGCUGUUCAAGCUGCUGGCGCGGCAGCAGCUGCUGCUGCUGUCGCAGCAGCAGCAGCAAAGCGCGCUGCAGGAAGCAGAAUCGUUCGUGGAAAAGCUGCAAGACAUGCACCUGAAGGAGCACGUGCUGCAGACAACAGUGGACAGGUUUUCCCGGGAAAUUGAAGACUACAAACGCCGCAAAAAACUCAAAAGAGGCCCCAGUCCGUCUGCAGCGUUUUGGUCCACUUAA